UUACAGUCUCAGGCUCCUGGGCCCGCCCCGCUGGGCGGCAGCUCGGGAGGGAGUGUGCAGUCGGAGGAUGUGAUUUCACAGCCCGGGAUUGCUGUUUCAAGGGCGGCCACAUCCUAGGGCGGUAGGUGUCGGCCUGCAACCCACCUGGCAGGAGAGGCGCCGCUGGGGACGCCUUGAGAGUAUGAGGCUCUCACCUCCAUUGGCCACUCACUCGUGACCCUUCACCACGGCGGAACCUUCCAAGCCCACCUGUUGCCGUGUGGUGAUCUACCUGAAGCGGGAGAUGUCGGGGGAUACCUGCUUGUGCCCAGCCUCAGGGGCCAAGCCCAAGCUAAGCGGCUUCAAGGGAGGAAGCCUGGGCAACAAAUAUGUCCAGCUCAAUGUGGGCGGUUCGCUGUACUACACCACGGUGCGGGCACUAACCCGGCAUGACACCAUGCUCAAGGCCAUGUUCAGCGGGCGCAUGGAGGUGCUGACUGACAAGGAAGGCUGGAUCCUCAUAGACCGAUGUGGAAAGCACUUCGGCACCAUUUUGAAUUACCUCCGUGAUGACACCAUCACCCUCCCUCAGAACCGUCAAGAAAUCAAGGAAUUGAUGGCUGAAGCGAAAUAUUACCUCAUUCAGGGCCUGGUGAACAUGUGCCAGAGUGCCCUGCAGGACAAGAAGGACUCCUACCAGCCUGUGUGCAACAUCCCCAUCAUCACCUCCCUGAAGGAGGAGGAGAGGCUCAUCGAAUCUUCCACCAAGCCUGUGGUGAAGCUGCUGUACAACAGAAGCAACAACAAGUACUCCUACACCAGGCCUGCUGGCCCCCCUGGGUUUUUCAGCAACUCCGACGACCACCUACUGAAAAACAUUGAGCUGUUUGACAAGCUCUCCCUGCGCUUCAACGGUCGUGUGCUCUUCAUCAAGGACGUCAUCGGUGAUGAGAUCUGCUGCUGGUCAUUCUAUGGCCAGGGUCGCAAGCUGGCAGAGGUGUGCUGUACCUCCAUUGUGUAUGCUACGGAGAAGAAGCAGACCAAGGUGGAAUUUCCAGAGGCCCGAAUCUAUGAGGAGACACUCAACGUCUUACUCUACGAGACCCCGCGAGUCCCUGACAACUCCUUGUUGGAGGCUACAAGCCGUAGCCAUAGCCAGGCUUCCCCCAGUGAAGAUGAAGAGACCUUUGAACUACGGGACCGUGUCCGUCGCAUCCAUGUCAAACGCUACAGCACUUAUGAUGACCGCCAGCUCGGCCACCAGUCUGCCCAUCGCGACUGACAAAACCCUCAGGGAGUCAGGGCAUGGGACACCCUGUCUCCCCUCCUGUGGAACCCUGCCCCAUUGGCCACCCCACGCUGCUGCUGGCUGGGCUUCUGCUCCAGCACCCAGAGGCAUGAUAGGCCCUGCCUGCGAGGUCAGAGGGCCUGAGUAGGGGAGGGACCACAUUCCUUUGCCCUGCUCCCUGAGCACUUCCAGAUGACUGAGUCCUGGCCCCUUUGCUCAGCAGCUCCCUUCCUGUCUGACAGGGAGCUGCUUCUGCCCCCGGGCUGAGUGGAUUAAUGUGCCCACGUCCUGCUAAGAGCAUCCCCUUGGCCCUUUGCUGAACGCCCCUUUGCUUAGCUGAGGCCCAUGGGAAGUGGGGUCAUUCUGUGGAGAAGGUGCUGCUGGUGCUGUGGAGGCCCAGUUUCUUGGAAGGUGGGGCUCCUUUUCUCUUAAGAUGUUUAAGCACAGGCUUGAUGAGGUGUCUUUUUAAAAUAAUCUAGGAAAUGAAUAGUUAUAGGUCUAAUAAUGAGGGGACUGGGUAUUCCUGCUACCCCUCCAGGAUGCUAAGACCCUGGACCUGUCUCGAUGCCUUUGGGAUCUAUUUCUUUAAAGCACUUUGUUCUUUUGUUCAGGAGAUUUGUAUUCUUUCCUGACCUAUGUUGUCUUUUUCUGACCCUAAUCCCCUCUUCCCGCAGAAUCAAUCUGAGGGAGGAAAUAGAAGCAGCAAACACUGACCAGUUUUGGCUUUGCCAAGCUGGCCAAACAGCCUGCCCAGACAGUGCUGAGAAAGGACGUGUAAGAUGGGACCUGUGGUCCUAGUAACGCCCUUGUGAGAAAGGACACUUUGCCCCAACAUCUUAGCGUCACAUAACUGACUCCUAGGGGCUAACAUGAUUGCUCUUUUUGAUUCUCUUGCUGUCAGCUCCAAGGAAUGAUGUCCUUACUAUAAAGCUAAAACCAUUUUAGGGGCCAGGAGCAUGAGCCACAGCAGGAAGGCUGUGGAGCCCAUGACCGCUGGACAGUCCUGCAUUCUCUGCAGCCCUGUGCAGAAAUGGCAUGUGCUUGGCCGUACACUGCCCCCCUCACCCCCCAAUUAAUGCUAUUGGUUUUGUGUCCUGGUUGGGGAUGGGGGUUCUUCCCAGUGUGAGUCUCUAACACAGGAUAAUGUGAGCAGCUUAAGCCCCUUAAAAGGUUUCUUCCUUUCUUUCUUGUUGGGUAACUUAGCCAUGGAGAUGCCACACACCAGCUCUUAGGCAAGGAUGCGAGUUCCUCUUCAGGGCUUUGGUUUUCAUUCUGUUUGGCUUGGCCCUUGGGAGGCUCUUAUCUGAAUUCUUUUCCAAAGGAAUGCCAUCAGGAAGGAAUGUUCAGCCAGCCUAACAAAUAAUAAAGCAGCAUAGCCACUUAGCAGUACCCACUCAUUCAGGAAGGGACAUAAGUUAUCAAGUUCAGUCUCAAAUACUCUUACAAUAAGCCCUUAAGUGGCUGUUCAAGGCUGAUUCCACAGAGUCUCUGGGCAAAUGCCAGGCCAGGGUUAAUAGACACUCAAAAAGGACCUGAAAUGACAGGAUGGGGCAGGGAAAUGUGAUUCUAAUCAGGUAUUUUACACUUGUCACAAUGUAUAAAGACUUUCAGGUGAGGCACCCUCGUGAUCAGCUAUAAACAGUUCUUCCAGCCCUCAGUGAAGUAAUAAGAUGAAGACAAAUCCACUUCUUUGGCCAGAUUCGGGCUUUGGCUUUUUCAGAGCCUACUGGCCUAAAAACAAUUCUGAGGCCACUGGCCUACUUCCUCCACUGUCCUCCUGAUGCCCUUUAAUACUCAAAGUCCCAGAUCUCCACUGAAGGAUUUUAAUGAUUGUCCUUUGACCUUCACAGCUCCUGUAACCUCUUUACUGCUUUGACAUUCAGAUUCUCUGCUCAGUGACUAGUCUUUCUUCCUGGAACUCUAGACACUUUUCCCUGAUUGAAAAUAUUUCCUUGUUAAGAAAAACUAAGCUCAAUUAAGUAAUCUUAGUUUUUUAAAUCAGACUGUGUGGUGUAAGGACUUGGAGAAUUUUGCAUUUCCUAGCCCCAUUCAGAAAACACUAUUUGUAUGAAUUUUUCAACUGUGAGCAGCCCAGGGGAAAUGUAAACAAAAAGUGUGGAUGAAGGUCAAACCUUCUCAUCAGUUUCUCCAAAAACUGGAAGCCUGCUGUUAAGGACAUGAAUGAAUAUUGGGUUUUAUUCAGUUUGUUAUCUGACCAGGGUCUGCCUAAUGGAUGGCACAGGUCCUGGCAUGAGGGAACUUCUUCUGUAUCAUACAACUACAAUUCUUUGUUGUUCUGCACAGGUGAUGGAAACAAACACUAACUUCUAAUAAAAUUGUUACACUGCA